UCACAGCUCGUCAAUCCUUAUCCUUAGCUACUCGCUCAGCGCAACUCUUCGCUGCUCGUCCCUUUUUAAAUUUCUAAUUCCAUCUUAAAUCGCCGCAAAACAGUCCACAAACAUGUUCGAGGCCAAGCUCGCUCAAAGUUCCAUCCUGAAGAAGGUGAUUGAGGCCAUCAAGGACCUUAUUUCUGAGGCUUCGUUCGACUGCUCGGACUCGGGCAUCCAACUGCAGGCCAUGGACAACUCGCACGUCAGCUUGGUAUCCCUCAGCCUCCGAAGUGAUGGCUUCGACAAAUACAGAUGUGAUAGAAACCUUGCCAUGGGAAUCAACCUGACCAGUAUGACCAAAAUCCUUAAGUGCGCCGGAAACGACGAUAUUUUAAUCAUGAGGGCUCAGGACAAUGCGGACAUGGUGACCUUUGUCUUCGAGUCCCAAGAUCAGGGAAAGGUUUCGGAGUAUGAAAUGAAACUGAUGAAUCUCGACCAAGAACACUUAGGCAUUCCUGAAACAGACUACGCAUGCAAGGUGAGAAUGCCCUCGUCUGAGUUUGCUCGCGUGUGCCGUGACUUGAGCCAAUUCGGCGAGUCUGUAGUCAUCUCAUGCACCAAGGAGGGAGUCAAGUUUUCUUCAUCAGGCACUGUUGGAUCAGCUAACGUAAAGCUGGCGCAGACCUCUAACGUGGACAAAGAAGAGGAAGCGGUGACCAUUGAAAUGCAAGAGCCUGUGUCCCUUACAUUCGCGUGCCGCUACCUGAACCACUUCACCAAGGCCACUCCCCUGUCCGCCGUUGUCCAAUUGUCCUUGUCGGCUGACGUCCCUCUGGUUGUGGAGUACGCCAUUGGAGAAAUUGGUCAUGUCCGUUACUACCUGGCUCCCAAAAUUGAUGAUGAAGAAAACUGAGUAUUAUUUACCUUUUUAUUGAUUCCCGUAAGCUUGUAACUCCUAGUGUAAUUAAAAUAAAUUGUGCAUAAUUUUUUUAUUAUGA